UUCCACCACAUCUCCCGUAGUUUCUGCUUCCCCCUCUCUCUGUCUCUUUCUCUCAUAAUUUUUUUCUUCUAAAAAACUCUCUGACAAAAAACAUGGUACAGUCAAAAAAGUACAGAGGUGUCAGGCAACGCCACUGGGGUUCUUGGGUUGCUGAGAUUCGCCAUCCUUUGCUGAAGAGGAGGGUGUGGCUGGGCACUUUCGAGACCGCCGAAGAGGCGGCGCGUGCCUACGACGAGGCCGCCAUUCUCAUGAGCGGCCAUAACGCCAAAACCAACUUUCCGAUCACCACCGCCAGCCAAUCCACCCACGACACGUGCCCAUCAGCGCUGUCAUCGGUGCUGAGCGCGAAGCUUAGAAAAUGCUGUAAGUCACCGUCGCCAUCUCUCACCUGCCUGAGGCUCGACCCGGAUAACUCCCACAUCGGUGUUUGGCAAAAAGGGGCCGGAUCACGCUCCGACUCCAACUGGGUCAUGACGGUGGAGCUCGGCAACAAAACCGAACCUUCACCACCCGAAGAGGAACCAGCGGCCGCAGAGUCGCCAGCGACAGAAAUGGGAGAAGGGUUGGGGGAAGAGGAGAAAAUGGCAUUGCAAAUGAUAGAGGAGCUCCUCAAUCGGAAUUGACCUAACAGGAUAUGUAUUAAUAUCCGUGAUAUAAUCAAAUAUCGUCGAUAAUGAUUCACAUGUGCACUAGUCCCUGUCAAGACAAUGCCAGUGUCCUUUGGUUUUCCCUUCAAACAAAGUCUUCUCCAAAGUCUUCUUUUUCUAUGUGAAAGGGUAGGGCAUCCAGGAUGGAUGUGUUAAAAUUAUGUGUUAAAGUGUGUUAUAUAAUAAAAAAUAUUAGAAGUGAGAUCAAAAAAUAUAUGUUAAGAAUUUGUUAA